AUGUCAUUUGCUUAUGCUACACUUUUGAUUGGUGAAUCAUAUUUACCAGGUGUUCUAACAUUGGGUCAAAAAUUAAAACAAUUGGAAACAAAUCAUAAAUUAUUGAUUUUAUUAGAUACUAGUAGCAUUUCAUCAGAUAAUAUUGCAUUAAUUGAAUCAAUUUAUGAUGAAAUUAUUCCAAUUGAUAAUGAAAUCAUUAAAUCUCCAUUAGAAAAAUUAGUUGAUCAAUUAAAUAGAUCAGAAUUAUCAAUUACUUAUUCAAAAUUAUUAUUAUGGAAUUUAACUAACUAUGAUUCAAUUGUUUAUUUAGAUUCAGAUGUUUUACCAAUGAUUAAUUUUGAUGAUAUUUUUGAAAAUUAUCCAAUUGAAUCAAAUCAAAUUGCUGCUUCUCCAGAUUCAGGUUGGCCAGAUAUUUUUAAUUCCGGUGUAUUUAAAUUGAAACCAAAUAAAGAAAUUUUCAAUAAAUUAAUUGAUUUUACCAAAGAUUCAAAUAAUUCAUUUGAUGGUGCUGAUCAAGGUUUAUUAAAUGAAUUUUUCAAUUUAAAUUGGAUAAGAUUACCUUAUUUGUAUAAUGUCACUCCAAAUUAUCGUCAUGAUUAUCAAUAUUUACCAGCAUUUAAUAGAUUUUUCAAAGAUAUUAAAAUUUUACAUUAUAUUGGUAAUGUUAAACCAUGGCACUAUGAUAGUAUUUUAUCAAGUGAUUUAGCUAAUUUUCAUCAAUUUUGGUGGAAUGAUUUUAACAAUUUCUUUGGUAAAGAUGCUCAUUUGAAAUAUAAAUUAUUGAAUUUACCAAGAGGUGAAGCAAGAAAUUUACAAUUCAAUAAAACUAAAAAUGCGUGGGAAGCUAAUGAUGAAGAUGAUGUAUCCGAUGAUAAACAUAAGAAACAAGAUGAAGAUGAUGAAGAUGAAUAUGUACAACAACAACCAAUUUUCCCAUGGGAACAUCGGGAAGAUAAAGUUCAACCUCAACGUAUUUUUAAAAAAUCAGCACCUAAAGAAGAAGAAGAAAUUAAAGCUGAAUUAAUUGAUGAAGAAAUGGCUAAAAAUAUUGAAGCUUUUAAAGAUGUUGAAAUUGUUGAUAAAUUACAAAGACAAAAAGAUGUCAAGAAAAGUCCUCCAUUACUGAAAAGUUAUGGAUUUGAUAAAUCAUCUUCUGAUAAAUCAAAUUUCAAUCCUGAUAAAUCUUUAGCAGAAGUUUCUAAAUUACCAUUUAAAUUUUAUUCCCAAGCUAAAGCCAAAAAGGAAGAAAAAGAAGAAUAG